AUGGUCUCCCUGCGGCGAGCCGUUACGGCCAUCACCUCGGCUACGAUCCGGCUGGCUACCUUUGUUUUUCUAAGAUGGAUACCUGGAUUUCCAUUUGCACCUAUUAUCUUCACAUCUUUGGUCGUCUAUUUAUCGUCGCUCCUAUCCCUGGUUCAGGAUGAUCAAUCCUCUAGGGAUCGCCCCGACAAGGGCGGAAAGAAUUCAGCCAAAAAUCGUGCCAUCAAGUCAGAAACACCUCAUUCCAGUGAUUCCGUGUUAAAGACACUUCUUACAGGCCUUCCUUCCAAGCGCUCACGCGUUUGGACGUUGGCCACAACAUUAAUCAACGUCAGUGCGGCGCUAUUGGCACUUGACUUUUUGGUCAGAGGCUUCCUCGUCUACCCUACCGAGGAUGUUACAUUCUCACGCAUCGGAUAUGUAUCGCCGACCACUGCUAGCUUGGUCUUCCGAGAGCCCGAUACGGCUCAACUGCCUGUCGUGAUUUCUUUCCAAGAAGUCUCCAAGAGUACCCAAAAAUGGCGCCAAGAGGGCACUGUCUACAAGUUAGACAACAGUACAGAUUUUACAGCUUCAGUAAAGUUGAAGAAUCUGAAACCCGGAACCCAUUAUCGAUAUUCAUUAUCAAACAACAAAACAGGCAACUUUGUGACCUCACCGCGUCCAGGAUCCCCCGAAGCAAACAAAAUGUCUUUUGUCACUUCAAGCUGUCUGAAACCAAACUUCCCUUACAGCCUUUUCUCUCAUCCGCUUCGAGUCCCUGGAAUUGAGCAAAUGACCGAAGUCCUCGGAAAGCUGCCACCUCUCCUCAAACCAGCAUUCAUGCUCUUCCUCGGCGAUUUCAUCUACAUCGACGUGCCCUUCCGAUUCGGCUCUUCAAUGGAUCACUACCGCAGCGAAUACAGACGUAUCUACUCAUCCCCCUCAUGGUCUUUCAGCGCAGGAAACAAAUCCGCAAUCGAUCUUCCCUGGAUCCACACACUAGAUGACCACGAAAUCGAAAACGACUGGUCGAAGGGUAACAAGACCGCUCCGUACCCAGCAGCAGCCGACCCAUUCACCCACUACCACGUUAGUGCAAACCCGCCCGUCCCCGCAAAAGCAUUCGCGCAUCCGGACGAUGUAACCUAUUUCUCAUUUGUGAAUGGUCCUGCUUCAUUCUUCAUGGUCGAUACCCGCACGUAUCGCUCCGAGCCAUCAGAAGCAAACUCAACUAUCCUGGGAUACGCACAGCUGCAAUCGCUCUUGCACUAUAUCUCCACGCCCGAGCCAGCGGGUGUUCAUUGGAAGAUUAUCUCAUCGAGUGUCCCUUUCACUAAGAAUUGGCACGUCGGUACGGCAGAUACAUGGGGUGGUUACCUCGACGAACGACGUAAAGUCUUCGAAGCGAUGUGGCGCGCUGAACGCGCCCUCGGCAUUCGAAUCGUCCUUCUUAGUGGUGAUCGUCAUGAAUUUGGAGCCACACGAUUCCCUGAUCCAGAGCUUGCAUUGUCGUCUGAUGAGCUUCAGCCUGAUACAGGUGGACUAGGUCUUCAUGAAUUUAGCGUGGGCCCCCUCAGCAUGUUCUACCUUCCUAUUCGAACCUAUCGUCAGACGGAUACGGAAGAUGUGGCGGUGAAAUAUGCUCCCGAUGGAAAUAGCAAGUUUGGACUUGUUGAUAUUGCUGAGGAGAAAGACGGAGUGUUCCCCUUGGCGCGCAGCUCAGUUCUUACCUAUUCGCUCUAUGUAGAUGGCAAGGUUGCGUGGAAGUAUCGACUUAGCGUUCCCCUUGGAAGUGGAGCGGGUGCUAAAACCCUCCCACCUGGACGUGUGCUUGAGGACAACUUGACCCGCGAAGGCUGGGAUGUCGUUAUCAAGACGGCAAUUGGAACAGCAGAAGAGAUUGGAAAGUUGCUCAUCGAAAAGGCCAAGGUGGCCUAUGAAGAUCUUCUGGAAUCUUUGCAAAAGAAAGGACUUAAUUAG